AUGGACGGCGAGAUGGAUGUCGACGCGACUGACCAGCGCGGGACAAAACGUGUAGCUGAGUCGGACACUCAGGAUGUCUCCAAGACCAAGAGGAUCAAAGCCCUGGAUCCCGAUGUCGUCAAUAAGAUCGCCGCCGGCGAGAUCAUCGUCGCCCCAAUGCACGCGCUGAAGGAGUUGGUGGAAAAUGCUGUGGAUGCAGGCUCGACUUCCAUCGAAGUGCUGGUCAAGGACGGGGGCCUGAAGCUGCUGCAAAUCACCGACAACGGGCAUGGUAUUGAUCGAGAGGACCUGCCCAUUCUCUGUGAGAGAUUCACCACCUCCAAGCUGAAGGAGUUUGAGGAUCUGUCCUCCAUCGGAACAUAUGGGUUCCGCGGCGAAGCACUCGCAAGCAUCAGCCACAUUGCGCACCUGACCGUCACGACAAAGACAGCCAACUCGAGCUGUGCCUGGCGAGCGCACUAUGGUGAUGGGAAGCUGGUCCCGGCAAAGCCAGGACAGAGCGCCGCGCCCAAAGCCACGGCUGGGCGCGGCGGGACUCAGAUCACAGUGGAAGAUCUCUUCUACAAUGUCCCCACCCGUCGUCGCGCGUUUCGCUCCUCGAGCGAAGAAUACGCCAAGAUCCUGGAUGUGGUCGGCCGGUACGCUGUGCACUGCUCGGGAGUCGCAUUCUCAUGCCGCAAGCACGGCGACUCUGGCGUGAGUAUCUCUACCCCUGUCGCUGCGAGCACUGUCGACAGAAUCCGUCAGAUCCACGGUAGUGCAGUGGCGAACGAAAUCAUCGAGUUCGAGACAGCGGACAAAAAGCUGGGGUUCCGGGCUUCGGGCCUGGCGACCAAUGCCAACUACCACGUCAAGAAGACUGUGAUUCUGCUAUUUAUUAACCAUCGUGCAGUGGAGUCGACGGCCAUCAAGCGGGCAAUCGAGCAGACCUACUCUGCCUUCUUGCCCAAGGGUGGACAUCCAUUUGUGUACAUCGACUUGGAGAUCGAGCCUCAUCGUGUGGAUGUCAAUGUGCACCCGACGAAGCGGGAAGUGAACUUCCUCAAUGAAGACGAAAUCAUCGAGAUGGUAUGCAGCGAGGUCAGAUCCAAGCUGGCGCAGGUGGACACGAGCCGAACGUUCCUGACGCAAAGUCUGCUGCCAGGCGUGCAAGCCAUCGAAUCUCUCCAACGCGAUCAACCCAUUUCAUCCGAAGCAGCAGCAGCCGAGCAAGAAAGGCCAGCAGCAGCAACUCCGAAGACACCAGCCACAUCCAAAAGACCCUAUGAAAACAAUCUCGUCCGCACAGACUCUAAAAUCCGCAAAAUCACAUCCAUGCUAGUCCCAGCUCCGAGUCCCUCCCAAGACCCAUCCCACGCCAACGCUGCCACCGAACCAGGCAAUCUCCCUCCUGACGACGGCCUCCAAUACGAAACAACAGAACGCCAACCCCUCCGCAUAGCCCUCACAUCGGUCAAGAACCUCCGCGCCAUCGUGCGCAGCGAUAUGCACAAUGCCCUAACAGAGAUGUUCGCCUCACACACCUAUGUCGGCCUCGUCGAUGAGCGCCGCCGUCUAGCAGCCAUCCAAUCCGGUGUCAAACUCCACCUCGUCGAUUACGGCCUCGCAGGCAGCGAAUUCUUCUACCAAGUCGGCCUAACGGACUUUGGGAACUUCGGCGUGAUUCGCCUCGACCCGGCACCCAAACUGAUCGAUCUCCUCAAUAUUGCCGCGGAGACGGAACGAGACGAGCAUCUAGCGCAAAACCUGCCACCCCAAAGCCACGACGACACAGAGGUAGAGACCAUCUUCGCCAGCGCAGCGGAGAAGGUAGCUGCCACGCUGAUUGAGCGCCGCAAUAUGCUGGACGAGUACUUCUCUCUCCAGAUCAGCGCCGAGGGCGAGCUACGCGCCAUCCCGCUCCUGCUGAAGGGGUACGUCCCCUCGCUGGCGAAGCUGCCGCGGUUUUUACUGCGUCUGGGCCCGUACGUGGAUUGGAGCUCGGAGGAGGAGUGCUUCCGGACGUUUCUGCGGGAACUAGCGGCGUUUUAUACACCGGAGCAAUUGCCGCUUCCUCCAUCGAGGCGGGAUGAGCCUGGUGCAGAUGUUGAAGAUGUUGGACCAGAUGAAGAUGAAGAGUCAUUUAUUCGGACCCGGCGUGCGCAGAUGGCCCGAAUGUUGGAGUACACUCUCUUCCCGGCUCUCCGGGCUAGACUCGUUGCUACGACGGGUUUGUUGCGGGGUGUGGUGGAGGUGGCUGAUUUGAAGGGGCUGUACCGUGUGUUUGAGCGGUGCUGA